GUAUUUGGCUAAGACUCUCGAUCCUCACGUCAUCAUUAUAACCAACAGCUCCCUCUAGUAAACAAACAUAUUACAACCAUAGAGGUUAUAACAGUACGAAACACGAACUUUUGAAACGAAGAUAUGGCUAACGUAGAUGAAAAUCUAACUGACAAAGAAGAAGAGAUCAAACAUUAUAAACAUGGUGUAUUGCCGCCUCAGCAUUCUGGAGGACCACUGGGCUUAGGAGAUCCAAAUGAUCGAAGCCUUAGAUAUGUUGAGCAAGAGAUCCUUAUUCCACAGAAGAUGCGAGAUAAAGCGAAAAAGGAAAAAUGUGUUGAAGUAGUAAAAGCCUUUGAAGAUUGCUGUAAAGAAGCAGGGUUUUCGAUGGUUGUAAAAUGUCAGAAGGAAAAUGGGGAACUACAAUCUUGUCUUGGAAAAUGGUAUAAUGACACUGAAUUUAGGAAAAAGUGCACAGAGGAAUAUCUAGAUGAACGAUCGGAGUAUCGAAGAACAGGGGUCAAGAAAAUUUCACGAAGAAAAGAGUCGGCGACGUUUUAAGAUUAGAAGUACUAGUUUUAAUAAAGUAUGUGCGUUUAUCUCUUACACAAGUUGAUUGAUAAGAAAUUAUAACUUUUUAUAAAAAAAGAUUAAAUAACAUCUUGAAAAAAGGUGUGUACACUUGAGUCCUAUGGUCUCUUAAUAGCAGCGUUAAGUAGGAGGUUAUACUUAGUUACUUGUAUAUCAUGUUGUCGGUAAUGUAGCAAGCACAUGUGUUUUUUAAUUCAGUGGCUGUAGAGUGUGACAGAUGUAACUACUAUACAGUUGAUUAGUAAAGUAAAGAACGAACGUUUUAGGUGUGUGAAAGUGUUGUUGAUAACGUCUUUUUGAUUAGACUUUACUAGUUUCUAAAUAUUCCACAAGUUAGAUUUCUUUGUCUUGGAAAGGAUGGAAAUGUUUUAUGGUUGAUGGUUUCAUUAAAUUGAUUUGCAGAAGA